CCGGUGGCGCGAUGGCCUCGGUCUCCUCCGCCGUCGCCUCGGCCCGCGGGGCCCGGGACCUGCUGCACUUCCUGCGGCUGGUGGGGCAGCUCAAGAGGGUCCCACGGACCGGCUGGGUGUACAGAAAUGUAGAGAAGCCAGAGAGUGUGUCCGAUCACAUGUACAGGAUGGCAGUUAUGGCUCUGGUGACCAAAGAUGACCAGCUUAACAAAGACCGGAAAAUUCAGUCACCCUGAAGUAGUCCAGCUGGUUUCUGAACUUGAGGCAGAAAGGAAC